AUGUUCCAGAUACGUGCAUUCAAGGAGCUAGCAAUAGCUGUGGCAGUCACAGUGUCAAUAUGGGAUCACCUCCUUAGGUUUGUUAUGGAAGUAGAGUUGGUUUGGCGACAGCCUAUGUCCAUCCCAUCCACCGUGGUUUUGGCAAAUGCAUAUGGCGUUGAACUAAGCAUGAUAUAUCUCGCGUACGUACUCUCCGGCCUUCGAGCGGCAUUAACGGACUUGACAUGCCAUGUUUCCGUGAUAUUCGUCGGGAUCUACGGUACGAUUAGCAUCGGGAUUUCACAACUUGCCCUGGUCUUGCGAGUAUACAUCCUAUGGGACAACAGAUACAUCGCAAGAUCAAUGCUCAUUGCGGGGUUUGUUGUCUGUUACGGCAUCUCUGCCGCAUUCUCUAUCAUAGCUGCGAAGAAUGAGGCCGGGACCAUACAAUAUGCGUUGCCACUGCACGAGUGCUUCCUCCCGAGCAAAUCAACCUAUCUAACUGGAACGUGGGCUGGCAUGGUGUUGUUUGAUGUAUACGUCCUCAGCCUCGUCAUUGUUAACACCCUCAGCAAGCCCCGCCGGCGUGAUUCGGAGAUUUUCGCACAUCUAAGACGCGAUGGUAUCUUGACAUUUGUGUUUGUGCUCGCCAUUCGCCUGAUCCCCCUCUUUCAGAACAUUUAUGGAGACCGCCAUAUGGUCCCUCGACAACAUUCUCUGUACAAGACUGUACCUCAAGGCACGACUGGUUGA